AUGGAGAAUGAUAUGAAUUUAAAAGAAAAUACGGUUAAACCGAUUAAAAAAGUAUAUUUACCUCCAAAUAGAAGGAAUCCGCCACCUGAGUCCUUAAAUAUUAAUAAAAAUAUAUCAAACACAUUAACAAGACAAUAUAAUGGAAAUGAUUUAUUAAAUUCAAAUAAUAAAAAUUCAAAUGUUGUUGAACGGAAUAUUCCACUCAAUUCUGAUGAUAUAAAUUCUUUCUCAUCUAAUCUUGAUCGUAAUUUACGUUUAUCUACUGACCGUUCCGGUGACCGUACCACCGAACGUACCACCGAACGUACCUCGGAACGGACUAUUAGCAGUACUUCGGAACGUACUAUAGGUGAUCGUACUAGUGAAAGGACUAUAAGUAGUACUAGUGGUCGUACUAUAACUACUGAACGUUCAAUCACCGGUGAUCGUACAACUGAACGUACUAUUACUGGAGAUCGCACUAGUGAACGUACAAUUAGUACUACAAGUGACCGUACAUUUACUAGUGACCGUAUGAGUGAUCGUAUGGGAGAUAGAAUAGAAAAAAAGUAUAGUAGAUAUUAUAGUGGUAAAGUCCCGACAUUAUGGGCAAUAAGAGGAGAUCGUCGAUAUUAUGAGGAGAAGGAAUCGGAAGUAUUUGAGCCGAAGAAUAGAAUGAGUACGGGGAUAAAUUUCAAUAGUUAUGAUAACAUUCCAGUCCAGAUGACAGGCCACGAGAGUGGGUCAAUAAAGCCAAUAGAGGAGUUUGAUACAUCAGUACAUUCGAAAUUGGUACCAAAUAUAAGGAAAGUAAAUUAUACAAAGCCGACGCCAAUACAGAGGCAUUCGAUUCCAGUAAUUUUGGCUGGUAGAGAUUUGAUGGCGUGUGCGCAGACUGGAUCAGGUAAGACAGCGGCAUUUUUAUUACCAAUUGUGACAUCAAUGUUGAGGACAGGACCACCAAAACAACCUUCAUUAGGUCCACUAUACAAUUCCAGAGUAGCACUUCCAGUUUGUCUAGUGCUAUCACCAACACGUGAACUUGCAGUUCAGACCUAUACUGAGUCAAGAAAGUUUAAUUUUGGUACUGGGAUUAGGACAGUAGUAUUAUAUGGCGGUUCGGAAGUUAGAAGACAAUUAAUAGAAUUAGAGCGUGGCUGUGAUAUUUGUGUAGCCACACCAGGUCGUCUUACAGAUCUUGUCGAACGGAGAAAAAUUGUUUUUUCUUGUAUUAAAUAUCUUGUGUUAGAUGAAGCUGAUCGUAUGUUAGAUAUGGGUUUCUCACCACAAAUUAAAUCUAUAUUAUCACAUCCAACCAUGACAUCUAAUGUAGAUAAUAGUGAUAGGGUUAGGGGUGGUAGUGAUAGUAGGGUUAGUAGUAUUAGGGGUGAGGGUAGGAGUACUAAGGAUAGUGUAAGGGAUAGUAUGGAAACCCCUUUGGGGGUUAAGGAAGACCCUUUCGGGGCUGGUGGUACUACUUCUCUUGGUGGAGCAGACACCGUAACGGGAGACACCGUAAAGGAGAAAAAAAUAUUACGUCAAACAGUAAUGUUUAGUGCAACAUUUCCAAAAGAAAUACAACAAUUAGCUCGAGAAUUUUUGAAUGAUUAUAUAUACUUGGCAGUGGGUAGAGUAGGAUCAACAAAUGAAUUUAUAAAGCAAAGAUUAUUAUACGCAGAUCAAGACCAGAAGAUCAAAUAUUUGAUUAAACUCUUGAAAGAUAAUACGAAUCUGGGAGGAUUGGUAUUAAUAUUCGUAGAGACGAAGAAGAGAGCAGAUUUAAUUGAAGGAUAUUUACUGAGUGAGAAUUUCAAGGCAGUGAAUAUACAUGGAGACAGAAGUCAAGAGGAUAGAGAAAAGGCCUUAAGUUUAUUUAAGGCAGGUGUAAGACCAAUUAUGGUAGCAACAGAUGUAGCAGCUAGAGGUCUAGAUAUCAGUAAUAUAACUCAUGUAAUUAAUUGUGAUUUACCAACGAAUAUUGAUGACUAUGUACAUCGGAUUGGUAGGACAGGUCGAGCUGGUAAUAUUGGUAUAGCCACUUCAUUAGUCAAUGAAUCCAAUCGACCUAUACUCAAGGAUUUAUUAUUAUUAUUACAAGAAAGUAAUCAAGAGAUACCCAUUUGGUUCAAAAAAUUAGUCAACACUAUUAGUAAACGGAAUACUGGCAAGAAAUUCAUCAUGACACGUGAUGUCGAUUUAAAAAAAUCAAAUACUAAUACAUUUCAAGAAUUUGAAGAUGAUUGGUGCAACCUAACUGAGGGAAAGGGAGCUAAUUCUACAGCUAUGGAGUGUACUACUGGAAAGGGAGCUAAUUACACUUUUGGUGCUCCUGGAAAGAGGCCUAAUUCUAUGGUUACAGAGUGUAUUGUAGAUUCUUUGUGGAUUAAUUUGUAUUGUAUUAAUAAUUUAAUGUAA